CAUAAAGUUAACGUAUCUUAAAUCAAGUAAUUUAGCAACAUUUGGAAUAAAUAGCCUCGUGCUAAAAAUUAGUACAGCUAAAAUAAUUACCGCCCUUAUAAUAUUAAAGUUCAAAUGGAACCCUUAGUUUUAGUAACCGGUAUAACAGGAUUUGUUGCUUCACACACUGUUGAUGCUUUACUUGAUCGUGGAUAUCGUGUUAGAGGAACGUACAGAAAGAAGGAUAAAUUAAACCAGCUUUUUGAGCGGCAGCCAAGCUGGAAAACAAGAGUUGAGCUAGCCUACGUUGCUGAUGGUGCUACUCCGGGGUCUUACGAUGUUGCGAUGAAGGGUGUCGACUAUGUUUGUCAUAUUGCUUCACCUGUCCAUAGAGGCGGCGGUCCUCCCAGACCCAGACCUCAAACGCUUCUGGAAAAGGCCGUUUAUGGUACUCUAAAUGUUAUGUUCGCUGCCGUUCAGAAUAAGUCAGUGAAGCGUGUUAUCUUCAUUUCCUCUGAUGCGGCUGUAAAAGGUGACAAGAAUUAUUGCGGUGAGGGUCAUGUGUUUACGGAAAAAGACUGGAGUCCGCUUACGCUGCAGGAUGCACAUAAUUCCACCGAUGAAGUCCUUAAUUACGCUGUGUCAAAGAAGUUUGCUGAGAAGGCGGUUCAUGAACUUGUUGAGAUAGCCAAGCCCUCUUUUGACAUUGUAUGUCUGUGUCCGCCACUUAUUCUCGGACCGGUGAUCCAUUUAACGGAUCUGAAGUCGCUCAAUUUUUCUGGUUGGUACAUGUGGAAUCUUAUAAAUGGUGAAAACAAUAUUGCGCCAAAAACUACGAUUUAUAACUAUGUCGACGUUCGGGAUGUGGCUCAAGCAGAAGUUAAGGCAUUAACAGCUAAUGUUUCUCACGAUCGUUUUAUUAUUUCUGCUGGUUCACUUUCAAACGAUGAGAUUACAGAGAUAUUACUGAGAAAGACUCCAGAGAAGAAAAAUCUCAUCUCUAAACCAAGUGGUGAUGUAGUUUCUCGAACAUUUGACUUGGAUGCAUCAUUAUCUAAAAAAGAACUCGGUAUUACCUACAGACCGAAAGAGGAAACAUUUGUUGAUGCAGCAGAAUCUUUAUGGGAGAUAGCUAAUCUUUGGUAAUAGCAAAAUUUUAUAUUGUAUAGAAGCUUAGCUCUUUACAAACAGACUUAAUGAUUAAAUACCUCUUUUCUUUAUUUCUCCAUACGCAAAAUGAAUCUGUUAAAAUCAUUUGAUCAACAAUAAUUCCAUACAGUUGAAAAUAUAUUAAGAACGCUACUAUAUUC